AUGACGAAUGAUUUUCUAAACUCUGCUCAUAACGGUGAGAAGCUCUGGCCUGCGAAGGGACGCCCUUCGCCUCGCCUUGUACCAGAGUAUCCAAAGGAUCGUCUGAGGUUGGUGUUUUAUGGCUUCACUGAUUCGAAGAUUGACGCUAGCAGGAUUGUUCCAUUGUUAUCCCAGCUUUUCUGGCGUCAAAAUCUUAACGAAGCCCACAAUUUCAGAUACCAUCGUAAAAGCCCGAGCUCAACGGAGACCAGUCCGCCCUAUGUGGCUAAUUAUCCUAGUACUGCACCGGAGCCCUUCGACAAGAAACAGUCUUCAAUUUCUAACAAUAUUCAGCCAUUCGGUAGGACGAAGUCGUUGGUGGAACACGGUCUCUUCUCGCCCAGUCGUGCAGAAGCCUUGCCUGCUGUCAAUGCGCAAGAGAUUGAAUUAACAAGCAGAGAAAAAGAACGAAAGCCCGUUAAAGAGGAUACACAAAGAAAUGGGAAAAGAGUUGACCUGCCACCCUCGGACAACAUAUUGAAUGCACCUAUGAAAGACAUGGAAUUGGAGCAUCAGAGCCCCGGAGACACAGCAAAUCAAAACAGGGAGCAUCUAAAUUCAGCAUUUACAUGCGAGCAGUCUACUGAAGGCCCCCUUCCAAGAGCUCAGGAACCAAGUGCAAUGAUUGCCACGAGGUUACCCACCGAAACGUAUUUCGCACCGAGGGCGCCAAAAACCAAGAGAGAUAAUGCUUUUUGCAGAUCUAAAGUGUCCGACUCUAGUCUUCGGAAAGAAGACACUGAUCAAUUACUCGAGACUUCUGGCACGACUAAUGAAAGCCGAGUGCGCAAACAUGGCUUACACGCCGAGGAUAGGGAUUACGCUCCGCCGAGGACGAAGAAGCGCAGAGCAUCAAAUAUGACAGAUGUAUAUAUCGAUGGCGAUCGUGUUAUUGGAAGAAUGCGGACCAGAUCAUCGAAAGGUAAGCUUUCGAAACAAAAUGCCUCUGACGUCGAAAUUGAAGCACAUGACGUCGCAGGAGCUGCAACAAAGUAUGCAGAAUCUUCGAAGAGUCCUCAGAUGAUUGGACUGGGCGGGGGACUGGGCCAAAAAGGUGCAGAGCCUCACAAUACCUCCGCGCCCUCCGAGAGGAACGAGACUUUCCAGGUUUGCGUACAAGCUGGAGCAGACGACAUAAAGCCAAGGCUGUCUGCGUCUAAUAUGAUGGAAUCGCACAGUACGAACCCAUUGUAUCGAAGGCCGGCCUGCGAGACAAUAUCUACCUCACCUGCAUCCACUGGCUCCGUAAAACGUGCGAAGAACUUUCUUGAAAGGAAAAGUGGGGAACCAAGUUCUCCGGUUCCAUCACAUCUCAGUAUAGCUUCCUCAAGGCCAGAGAGCCACCGGGGUAAAUCUGGGAGCAGAAGCUGUGGGUUUAAAGAAGAACCAGCCGAUCAUGCAAGUGUUGAAGAACCAGAAGUCCAAAUUGUCUCUGAGCGCACCAUUAAUGCAAGCUCUCGACUGGAUCCGCCGACCCCUCAUGCUGCGUUAUUACUUACCAAAGGCACGAGUAACACGACCAUGAAUCGGAGCGAUACUACCAUGACUUCUAAAGCCAAGGGUUCAGACACCCUAUCAUCUGAACAUGCAACAAGUUUCACAGGUCCCUCCAAUAGCACCUUGGACCCACCUCGCAAAAUUCAAGAUCCGCAAAUGAGCUACUGGAUAGUCAGAAGCCGCCACCCCCGACUAAAGAAAAGCAAAUGGGACAUUAGCGACCUUUCGAACAAAACCACGGCUGUGUUGUUCACGGAAGCUGCGAAAAUCUUCGGCACACCAAUCACACAUAGUAUAAGGUUCACGCUAGUAAUGGAUGGGCAGGACCUGGACCAAUUGGUCAAGCAGGGCGACGAUGAAGGACUUGCACGUAUGUGGAUGGACUUUAAGUCGGCGGUGCGCGCAGAGGUCCAUCAGGAUGAAAGCGUGACAUCUAGGGUCGAGCUGGACCCAGAUCCAUAG